GGACUUCUAAGGUGUGAUACGUGAACCCGUAUACAUCCUUUGAAAGUUAUUAAACAACGUUUCAUGCUAGUAGAUCCGAGUAGAUAUCGCCAGUUUGCUGUAAUCCAUUUACAGUGCCACUCCUAGCCAUAGGACGUCGCUGUAGUUUGAGCGCAACUAUUUCUCGGACUGUUUAAGGUCUAUGACGCCAAACAUGGACGCAACCUGCACAUUGGUUAGCUGCAAAAAGGAGAGAGAAGAUGAUAAAGCCAUUAUUGUUCAGUUCUCCAAUGGCAACCCGAAGAACACGGAUCCCCUGGAGUUCACCAUCCAUAAGAACAUCGAUGUGACCAACCCAAGGAAGAAGCACCGGCGCAUGUUGGUUGCAGAAUCAGACAGACUCUCGUAUGUCGGGAAUAACUUCGGAACAGGAUCUUUAAAAUGCAACAACCUCUGCAAGUAUUACGUGGGCGUUCUGAAUAAACAGACCCUCAGGAUGGAGGUCCACAGUGCUCAGCUGUUCAAUAUGCAGCCGGUCAUCCCAGGAGAGACGACAGAGGAGGAGUCUCAGAACACAUCUCUGUCAUACAGGGACAAGGUGGACUCCCUGAUCGAGGCGUUUGGGACGAACAAGCAGAAGAGAGCCCUGAGUUCCCGCCGGCUGAACCAGGUGGGCAGUGAUACCCUGCAGGUGGCUGUGGCCAGGGCAGCCCGCUCCAUCAUAGAGGACAAGGGACUGGAAGCUCUGCAGCAGGAGGUGGCCCAGACAGAGACCCAAUCGGACACGAGUCAGUACCUCCCCCCCUGCAAUCCCAACGCUGACACACCUCAACAAGUCUACCUGUUUGACAACAUCUUGUCUCCGAUGGAGUACGACUCCCUGGAUGCUGCUGGAUCCAAGAUGGCUGCCCUGACCCUGGAGGAGAUCCAGAAGAUGAGGGACGAGAGAGGGUGUCUGAGUGUGGUUCAUCAUUUGGAGACCCUGCCCAGAGACGGCGUGGAGAGAGCGAAGCAGGCCUGCUGUGCCUUCUACCUCCACCUGCUGCUUAAACUGGCACAGCAGAAACACGUCAACCGCAAAUUUGGCCGGGAGGAGGGAUGUCCUCGUAUCAUCCAGACCAAGCUGUUGAAGACCUUUACUGUGGAGACCUUCAACAACGGCAGGGUACAGAACAUAAUGUCUACGUCGAUGAAGAUGAAGGUAGCGGCACAUUGCCUGGUCUUGCUGCUACACAUGGGACAUAUGACCUCUGACCUCACACUGCUGCACCGAGACCUGGGCAUCACAGAGAAAAGGAUGCUAGACUUGGCCAAGUUGAUGGGCCUGACUCUGAACAAGCCGGGCCGAGGGAAGUCUGCUGACACCGAGCAAGUGGCCCAACACAGACUGGCCUCUCUGGAACUUCCCCUGGUUAAAUACGAAGCCUUCUCAGAGACACGCAAACGCAAGAAGAUGCUGUAGAGAUGACAAGAAGAGCCAGUCAGAGGGGAGGAGAUACCAGAGAUCCUCCAACCUUCAAUCUGAUCAGUUGUAUUUUGUAAACAAUAAAAACAUUUAAAACUCA